GCCGCACUGGGCUGAAACACGCAUGGCGGGCUGUAAUUGGAAGCCCUGGCCAUUUUUAGACGAAUUGAAGCCACGACAUGACAUUUUACUGCGAAACGAAAAUGCAGCAAACGGAAGCCGGCGCUGUUUUUUCAGAUUCCUGAAACGCCCUCGCUCAUCGCUGUCGGAGGUCCGGGGAUCGUAAGACCGUCGCAGCGCCGAACUCUGAUUGGAAAUAACUUACUCAUUCCAACCGAGAAACUACGGAAGAAGCGGCUUAAAGAGGCGUUGGUUUGUAAACCUCUAAACUGAGCGAUUUGACAGGCCAGGUGGAAAGCAGAGCCGCUCGGAGAUGAGCUCCCCCUCCACCCCGCGAGAAGACAGGAAGAAUAAAGCAUCAUCUUUUUCUUCCAACAUUAAAAUAUUCCUGGUGUCUGAAUGCGCGCUGAUGUUGGCGCAGGGGACGGUCGGCGCAUACUUGGUGAGUGUCCUGACUACACUGGAGCGCCGCUUUAACCUGCAGAGUGCUGACGUGGGUGUGAUCGCCAGCAGCUUUGAGAUUGGCAACCUGGCACUCAUCCUGUUUGUCAGCUAUUUUGGUGCCAAGGCUCACCGACCACGUCUGAUCGGCUGUGGUGGAAUUGUCAUGGCACUGGGUGCGCUGCUGUCUGCACUGCCCGAGUUCCUCACCAACCAGUAUGAGUACAAAAGCACUGAGGUGUGGAGGAAGGAGCCAGGACGGGAGGUGUGCUCCAAUGCGUCAAGGAGAGAUUUGGAAGAUGGUGGCCUAUGCAGCAACAAGGCCAACACCAACAUGAUGUACCUGCUGCUGAUUGGUGCCCAAGUGCUACUGGGAAUUGGAGCGACACCUGUACAGCCUCUGGGAGUGUCCUAUAUAGAUGACCAUGUGAGGAAAAAAGAUUCGUCGCUGUAUAUUGGUAUAUUAUUCUCAACCUUGGUUUUUGGACCUGCUUGUGGCUUCAUCCUUGGUUCAGUCUGCACCAAAUUCUAUGUGGACGCUGUCUUUGUUGAUACUACCAAACUGGACAUCACCCCAGAUGACCCACGCUGGAUCGGUGCCUGGUGGGGAGGCUUCCUUCUCUGUGGGGUUUUACUUUUUUUCUCCGCCAUCUUCAUGUUUGGUUUCCCCUCAUCUCUGUCAGAUCGAUAUGGUAACAGCAGGACUGAGAGUGACCAGCCCAUGCUGCCAGUAUCUCAGAGUUUUGAGCAUCCAAAGCCAAGUAAUGGUGUCCUGCACAACCAUCAACCUAACAGCUCCUGCUGUGAUCAGCUUCGAGUGAUUCCUAAGGUCACUAAACACCUGCUGUCUAACCCGGUGUUCACCUGUAUUGUCCUUGCUGCAUGUAUGGAGAUUGCUGUAGUUGCUGGUUUUGCUGCCUUCUUGGGCAAGUACUUGGAGCAGCAGUUUAAUCUUACAACCACCUCAGCCAAUCAGCUUCUGGGUAUGACCGCCAUCCCAUGUGCAUGCCUGGGCAUUUUUAUGGGAGGUCUUUUGGUGAAGAAGCUGAAUCUCUGUGCUCUGGGUGCUGUUCAGAUGGCCAUGUUGGUCAACCUGAUUUCCACCACCUGCUAUGUGUCUUUCCUCUUCCUUGGCUGUGACACAGGUCCUGUUGCUGGUGUGACUGUCUCCUAUGGCAAUGAAACCCUGCAGCCAGGCCAAACACCAGAAGCUCUGUGCAUCAGUAACUGUAACUGCUACACAUCAUCUGUUAGCCCUGUGUGCGGCUCUAAUGGAGUCACGUACCUGUCCGCUUGCUUCGCUGGCUGCACCAGACCCAUUAGCACUGGAGUGCUUCCUCAGCCGGUUCAGAACCUGACAAGGUGUGCAUGCAUUCCUGGUGAUGGCAUUACCUCCUCAGUUGUGCCAGGCAAAUGCCCAAGUCCUGGGUGCCAGGAGACUUUCCUCAUUUUCUUGUGCGUGAUCUGUGCCUGCAGCAUGAUAGGAGCCAUGGCUCAGACACCCUCAGUCAUCAUCCUCAUCAGGACGGUCAGCCCAGAGUUGAAAUCGUAUGCACUCGGCGUUCUGUUUCUCUUGUUGCGACUCCUGGGAUUCAUCCCACCUCCUUUGAUCUUCGGUGUGGGGAUCGACUCCACCUGCCUGUUCUGGAGCAGCGAGUGCAACACAAAGGGUGCAUGCAUGCUAUAUGAUAAUGUGGCCUAUCGCCAUCUCUAUGUGAGCUUGGCCAUUGCGCUAAAAAUAAUUGCCUUCCUGCUGUACACCACCACAUGGCAAUGCUUACGCUGCAACUACAAGAAGUACAUCAAGAAUAAUGAGGCGUAUGUGACGUCCACUGAAAUUUUCUCUUCUGACGUUAAUUUGGAUAAUUUGGGCAAAGACAUUAACAGGACAAAAUUUAUAUACAACCUGGAAGAUCAUGAGUGGUGUGAAAACAUGGAAUCUGUUUUAUAGUGACUGUUACUUGUUAAUGCAUAAAUAUGCACAUCUUAUGAAGGAUGACAUUGGUUGCUUAUUACUUUUUAAUUUUGUAAAGGAUAGCACUUGGUUUCCACCUUCCACGAUGAUCACUGUAGGUGACUGUUGCACUUUUUGAAUUAAUGAUAAUCAUUUUUCAGUCCAUUGUGGUUCUUAGAUGCAUCAGAGGAUGUUCAGUGAUCUACAGUCAGGUCCAUAAAUAUUUGGACAUUGACAUGGUUAGUACUAUUCAUCUACCUCUGUAUACUGAAGUUGAAAUUAAAUAAUGAAUGAGUUCAAAGUACAGAAUUACAGCACUUUUCAUAUCUGACCCUUUUUAAGGGACCAAAUGUAAUUGGACAAAUUAACAAUCAUAAAUUAAAUUGUGAUGUUAAUAAUUGGUGGGAAAUCCUUUGUGGUGAAUGAUUGCCUGAAGCCUGGAACCCAUAACCAUUACCAGAUGCUGGGUUUCUUCCUUUGUGAUGCUCAGUUGCAUUUACUGCAACUGUCUUCAGCUCCUGCUUUUUCUUGGGCCAUGUUAAUCAUUUGACUGAAUCUGAUCAGAGAAUAUAGCCCAGUAGUGCAACAUCAGAAAUCAUCCUGCUGCUUUUGUUAGCAGUUACAUCAAUAAAUACAAGGGAACCAGGUCCACUGGCAACCAUACACGUCCACGCUA